GGGAAUUUUCCGGGAAACACAUCGGAAAAAGCUUAAUCACCGGAAAAUGUUUCUAUCACACCCUCCUCAAGUAAUACAACCAACUUAUUAUACAGUUAACUUCUUACCUCGCUCUCCUCUGAAGCCACAGUCGUGUUCCGUUGCUUUAAACAAUCCUUCGAUUUCCUCCGGCGCCGGAGCUAAAAUCUCUAAUAAUCAGCUUAUUCAAUCAUUGUGCAAAGAGGGUAAACUUAAACAAGCGCUUCGCGUCUUGUCUCAGGAAUCUAGCCCGAGUCAACAGACUUACGAGCUUCUGAUUCUCUGUUGCGGUCAUCGGAGCUCUCUUUCUGAUGGUCUACGUGUUCAUCGACAUAUUCUUGAUAAUGGGUCUGAUCAAGAUCCUUUUUUGGCUACAAAGCUUAUUGGUAUGUAUUCGGAUUUGGGUUCUGUGGAUUAUGCACGGAAGGUGUUCGAUAAAACGCGUAAGAGAACUAUAUAUGUAUGGAAUGCUUUGUUCCGGGCGCUUACGUUAGCAGGUCAUGGAGAAGAGGUGUUGGGUUUGUAUUGGAAGAUGAAUAGGAUUGGAGUUGAGUCAGAUAGGUUCACAUACACUUACGUUCUCAAGGCUUGUGUUGCAUCGGAAUGCACGGCGGAUCAUCUGACGAAAGGGAAAGAGAUUCAUGCACAUCUUACUCGACGAGGUUACAAUGCUCAUGUUUACAUCAUGACUACAUUGGUAGACAUGUAUGCUCGAUUUGGCUGUGUGGAUUAUGCCAGCUAUGUGUUUAAUGGAAUGCCGGUGAGGAACGUUGUUUCUUGGAGCGCUAUGAUCGCCUGCUAUGCAAAGAACGGAAAAGCUUUUGAAGCUCUGAGGACUUUCCGUGAAAUGAUGACAGAAACUAAAGAUUCAUCUCCGAAUUCUGUGACUAUGGUUAGUGUGCUUCAAGCUUGUGCUUCGCUUGCGGCUUUAGAGCAAGGGAGAUUGAUUCAUGGGUACAUACUCAGACGGGGGCUUGACUCCAUAUUACCGGUGAUCAGUGCUCUUGUGACAAUGUAUGGUAGAUGCGGUAAGCUCGAUGUGGGACAAAGAGUUUUUGAUCGGAUGCAUGACCGGGAUGUUGUAUCCUGGAAUUCCUUGAUAUCAAGCUAUGGCGUUCACGGGUAUGGAAGGAAAGCAAUUCAGAUAUUUGAAGAGAUGCUCGCCAAUGGGGCUUCUCCAACUCCCGUAACAUUUGUCAGCGUUUUGGGGGCUUGCAGCCACGAGGGACUUGUUGAAGAAGGAAAAAGAUUGUUUGAAUCAAUGUGGAGAGACCAUGGGAUAAAACCACAAGUCGAGCAUUAUGCUUGUAUGGUUGAUCUGUUAGGUCGGGCGAAUAGGUUAGAUGAGGCAGCAAAGAUGGUACAGGACAUGAGGACUGAGCCAGGGCCUAAGGUUUGGGGUUCCCUUCUCGGGUCUUGUAGAAUUCACGGUAAUGUUGAGCUUGCAGAACGGGCGAGUAGAAGACUCUUUGCACUUGAACCAAAAAAUGCAGGAAAUUAUGUGUUGUUGGCAGACAUUUACGCGGAAGCUCAGAUGUGGGAUGAGGUUAAGAGAGUGAAGAAGCUUCUAGAACACCGGGGACUGCAGAAGCUGCCUGGUCGAUGCUGGAUGGAAGUGAGGAGAAAAAUGUACUCAUUUGUCUCGGUGGAUGAGUUUAACCCUCUUAUGGAACAGAUUCAUGCUUUCUUGGUUAAGUUAGCCGAAGAUAUGAAGGAGAAAGGGUACAUACCACAGACCAAAGGAGUUCUGUAUGAGCUUGAAACAGAAGAAAAAGAGAGGAUAGUGUUGGGACACAGUGAGAAACUGGCGUUGGCGUUUGGGCUGAUAAAUACAUCAAAAGGAGAACCAAUCAGAAUCACAAAGAACUUGCGUUUGUGCGAGGACUGUCACUUGUUUACAAAGUUCAUCUCGAAGUUUAUGGAGAAGGAGAUUCUAGUUAGAGAUGUGAACCGGUUUCAUAGGUUCAAGAAUGGAGUAUGUUCUUGUGGAGAUUACUGGUAAUACUUGUGGGGACUUAUACAUUUGCUUGUGUGUAUAAUAAGCAAAGACAGGCCAAAGAAAUAAGGGACAAACAGGUUAGGCUUAGAAAAUUCUGUAAUAUAUGCAAACGAAAUUU